AUGAAUACUUUAACUCAUCCGGAACCAUUUUCCAUGGACACGUCGAAUCCAGAAAAUCGGAGUUUAUGGAAGCAACGAUUUGAUAUUUAUGCAACGGCUAUAGACUUACCUGCAAAAAGUAUUCCACAACAGAGAGCCAUCCUUCUCCAUAUUAUCGGAGAGAAAGGCUUAGAAAUAUACAUUAAUUUCCAUUUAGAGGAAAAUGCCACGAACCCGACAGUGGAUGAAAUCUUAACUAAAUUCACGGACCAUUUCCAGCCGUAUAAGAACAUUAUCUAUAGUAGAUAUGUAAUUUUCUCGCUUGUACAGAAUCCAGGACAAACUGUAGACGAAUUUGUAACAGAGCUACGUACAAAAGCUCAAGAAUGUGAUUUUGACACCUUAACAGAAUCUCUUAUAAGAGACAGAAUUGUCUUAGGCACGCGAGAUGAUAGUAUCAGACAAAAAAUGCUGCAAGAUCCGACAUUAACAUUGGCCAAAGCAAUAGACAUGGCAAGAAGCAACAGCGGAUAUUUUCUAUUUGGCCAGCAGUCCAUAUUUGCUAAUUGUGGAUAG